UUAAAAACCGUUAGAUUCAUAAAAGGAUGAAGUUUCUGAAAUCUAUUAGAUUUAUACAAAAAUAGAAAUUCUCUUGUUGUGUGCCUGAAUAAUAACUUUGCUCUAUUGCUACAAAUUAAGGCGUCGGCCAAUUUACAUUGCCGUCUCAAUAACUUUGCAAGCACAGGGGAUGAUCCAAGGACUUUGUAAAGACUCUUCUUUGAGAACUACUACUGAUUUUGAAAUUUAUGAUCCAAGGACUAGAACUUGGACAAAGCUCCCAGGAAGCGACAAGCCUUCAAUCUAUGCCCUUGAUUUCCUGUCUCCCUCUGAAGGCUGGAAAAAACGGGAAACCUAGCUACUCAGGUGUUAAAAGGAUUCCAGUUACUGAAUGGCCACACUGUUUGAUCGUGGAGGAUGAAAUAUGUUUGACUGAUUAUGGUGCAUAUGAUAUUCGCGACCCUAGGAGAUUUUUCUCUUUAUCACAACCAGAACGGGUGGAAUAUCCAAGUCCAUGGUCUUAUUUUACAACAUUCUCAAAACAGGCAACCCUACUUGGCUAUGAUUCCGAUACCGGAGAUUGUGAGUUCUGUGCUGUUGAGCUGGGGCUAAGGUUCGAUGAACAUUCAGCUUGGCUACAACAAUGUGUUUACAGGUUCAAUCUGAAGGAGUACAGAUCAGAGAAGGAGAAGGAGAAGGUGGGAGGAAAAGCUGCUGAGCUCCACAUUCGCAUUCACAAGUACCUUUUUUUUUUAAACAACACUCUGAACCGAGCCUUUGUUUCAAUGCAUUAUAUCUGAAUUCCUUUUAGCUCGAGUUGUUUCAUGCCUUUGGUGUAAU